UACUGUAAAUAAAUUGUUAAAUAAAUAAUCAUCAAUGCCACUAAAUUUUUCACUUCGCCACGCAUAUCUUGAAGCUGAGACAGACAUCAGAUCUUUACCAAUGGCUCCUAAUAUAUAUAUUAUAACUCCUAUCCAACAUAUAUACUUCCACUAAACCUCUUACGUCAUAACCUACGUCACAGCAAUGGACGAUAGUAUCAACAAUUACGCAUACCGAGAACAAGAAUGCGCAGGCCGAUCGCUGGCGACUCUGCUGGUAUCCUGGGUUGCUGUCGCCAUGUUGGGCGCCAUUUUGCUACGCUGGGAGCACAUGUGGAUAGCUUUAACAGUUCUUACGCUUCUUUUUUUGAUGAUGUGUGCUUAUGCCAUCAAAAUGAAGCGUCAAGUUCGUCCGGAUCAAAGGGACGGAGGGUGUAUCAUUCAGGAGAACAUCAAUGGCGCUGCAGUCGAUAAUCCAGAGAUUAGAACCCGGCAAAUUCAAACUGUGUCGGGAUCUGUUGAUGAUUUUACGGAGAUCAUCCAGCCUCCAUCGUAUCAAACUUUCUGGAUCAACGACCUGCCGCCAUCUUACUCAGCAGUUGUUGGUGAGCAGGCGCCACCUGUUGGACCCAGACUAACACUUCCAAGCGACACCUAUGCGACGAUAACUUCGAACCCGCCGCCAUAUUGCGCAGUUUUGCGCCUAGAAACUGAUUCAGACAAUGGAAUGUCAUCACAAAAUUUAAACCACUCAAAAUUUUAGUUAAUUAGUGUCAUAAUAUUAUUUAAUUGGUGUAAAUAGUAAUUUUUAAUAAUAAAACUUGUUCGAUAAAU